AUGCCCUCUCGCCCUAGCAAAAUAGGUGGCGUGAGUUGGGCUCUGCGUGCGCUCCAUGGCCUUUGGCCAUGGGACAUUUGGAUCAAACGAGAACUUUCUAACCACGAGAAUGCCCCUCUAUUACCCAGCUCCGUUGGCAAUGUCCUUCAAGACCAAUCAGACUUUAGGCAUGACCGAUGGAGUCAAAGGCUGAGGAAGGUCGUCCAAGGUUGCGCAAGGUGGCCUUUGAGAACCUUUCGGAAAGUUCAAACCUUCCUGAUCCGCAACGGCACCAAACUUCUUAUUAUCUUCGUUCCCUUGGGGCUCUUAGCUGGUUCACUCCCUUCGGAUCCGACACUUGUGCUCGUACUUAAUUUCUUGGGUAUCAUGGCACUUGCACCCUUGUUGGCAUUUGCUACCAAGAAACUGUCGUCAAACGUAUGUUUUACUCUUGGCCAGCUAAUAAAUGCAGUACUCGGAAAUGCUAUGGAGAUGAUUAUUUGCAUUGCGGCAUUGAGAAUUGGGCAAGUGGAUAUCAUACAGUGGAGCAUAGUGGGGAGCAUAACCUCAUAUAUCUUGCUUGUCCUUAGAUGCUGUUUCGGUGUGAGCGGCAUGCUUCAAUUAGAGCAGACUCUCAACUUUACAGCUGCCUCGACGAUGCUUUCAUUGAUGGCUGUGGCAUUAGCAUCCUUGAUUCUUCCCGCAACUUUGUACACGGUCUUACAAAAGUCUGCGGCGGAUACCGCGGAUGCUAUUCUCGGGUUAUCUCGCGGUGUCGCCAUCAUCCUUCUCGUUCUCUUCUGCAUUUACCAGUAUUUCCAACAAAAGUCGCCAACCAAUUUUUUCGAUGUUGAACAGCCCGAAGAGCAAGGUGAGCUACAAUCAGCAAAAAUGAUGGACCUCAAGUAUUUUGUCGCUAUGAUUGCUUUUAUAUUCCUCAUCACAAUCCUCAUCGGAAUGAUGUCGGUUUGUGCCGACAACCUUGUCGGCUCUAUCGACUCCGUUCUGCAAAGGACUCGGAUCACUCAAGGAUUUAUUGGUUUUGUUUUUCUUCCCAUGGUCGGCAGCACAGCAGCACCAUCCAAAGCUGUUAUUACUGCCUACAAUAAUAGACUCGAUCGGGCGAUCGACGUUGUGAUCACCAAUGUCAUGCAAAUCACGUUGUUCGUCAUGCCAUCGGUGGUACUGCUGGGAUGGGCUAUCGAUCAGCCUAUGCAGUUGGAAUUCGGGUUUCUGGAGACAUUGUGCUUCUUUUUGGGUGUAUUUGUGGUCAGCCUCCUAGUUCACGAUAGGAAGAUCAACUACUUAGGAGGCGCCGUUUGCAUUGCGAUAUAUUUCAUGAUUGCUCUGACAAUGUACUUCUAUCCGGAUGACCAGAAUGUCUGGCCUGGCGACCAGAAUCGAGACUGA